AUGAGCUGGGAGCUGACGGCCAGCCUCAGAGCAGGUUUCGCCUUAUUAACUUCCAAUAUCAUCACCUGGUCACAAUUCGUGGUCUACGCCUGUUGGUGGGCUCACUACAAGAAGCAUCCCGAACGGCACAGAGAUUUUGGUGUGGAGCUGGCUAAUGUGCCUUCAUUACUGGGCUUUUGUGCUCAGAUACCUCCCAUCAUCCGCGCCACUGAAGAGUCAGGAUUAUCCUUCUACCCCAACCUUGCCCGGGCUGCAGCCGAGAGACUUGCCCGAAACUCUGACCAUAUCCCGGAUUUCGACUUCGAGAAGGAGGUGCUGGAGGAUUUCGAGUCUCAGGACAUGACGAUUACCGGAUAUUUGACCCCAGGGGGUCUGAGCGGAACCCGGAAUGCCUGCUUCAGCGCUGCAGACCUGGCUGAUUCCGAAGACCUCAAGCCCCCCAGCCCAGGCUGGAAUCAGGCAAGAUCAGUGAGCAAGGUCACCGAGUCGCUUGGAAGCGUCGAGACCAUAUACAGGCCGAGACCUCAGAUCCAAAACCCCACCCAGGAGCUCACCUUCACUCAGCUGCUUUCUCGGAAAGAGGUCAUGGCCAAAAGCUACCGGAUAAUCAACAGAUACCCAGCAGAUGUGAAAAUGGACAAACUCCGACGAGUUCGGGCCGGAGACGGUGUUGAUAUUGUGGUGCCAGGUCUUGCAACAAAAAUCGACCACAGUCAAGACGCAGCUCUAGCCAACCGUCCUGACGCCACCAUCAACAGCGUCGUCGAUGCCAAAAGAGCCCACGAGCAGGAGUUAGCUAAGAAAAGACUGCGCGUAUCACAAGAUGGACGACCUGAUGGUAGCAAGAAACGAAAGACGGACGACCUCAGCCCCAGCGAUAUGUCGGAGAUGAACGCGGAAAAACUGCAGGCUUUGCGGCUGAUCGUCGAAGCAGCCGAAGCUGAACUCCAUGAGCUUGAGGAUCGAGACGGGAAUUCCGAGAAAGCUAAAGCUUUGGAUUCGAGGAUUCAAGCUGUCCUGGCUGAUUUGCGCAAAGUUGAGGGAACAAAGUUGACAUCAGAAAGAGCGGACCAUUUGCGUACUAGGGCCGAAGCGGUUAUUUUCGAUAUUCACGUCGUCCAGGAAGUUGAGGUAGCUCGGAAGGAAUGGCAACAAGAGGCUUUGGCCGGCCGCCACCCUCAGUUACAAGCUCAUCUAAAACGUCAAGUCGAGGCUGAGCUUCGUCCCCAGGUCGAGGCUGAACUGCGUCCUCAAGUCGAAGAGCAAGCCAGGGCUCGGAUUACCAGUUUCCUACCGAGAUUGUGGGCGCGUGAUGAUGAGCCACAGGUUUAA